AUGUCAGGCUUCAUUCAAACGCAAAGCUCUGAGGCUAACUCUGACAUCCUGGUUGGCUUGAUCCAUCAAUCUGCUAAGGAUUACCUCGUCAACGGCGGUAAUUUGGACAGUGAUGCCAUCGAGAAUUACAUGCACUAUGUCAUUGCCGAGAGAUUGCUAGCCUCUCUCGAAAAUUACUGGAUGUAUGCUGGCAAACCUGGGGCAAAUACCGAAGACACGGUUCCUUUACACCCUGAUCAGGCUGACCUGGUUUAUUACGCCCUUGAGUUCUGGCAAUACCAUGCUCGGCAUUGCGGGGUCUAUGCGAAUGCCAUCUUCAACACCGACCGAUUGUUCUUUUCGCUCGACUCUGAUACUCGGGUAUACUGGACCUACCUGGGGUUUGGGGCCAGUCCCCCAGAGCCAGUGACAGGCCUAGACCUCAGCCAGGCCAAUUUCUUAUGGGACCAGAGUCAACUCUCGGCUAUACAUGUUGCUGCUCUCAUUGGGAAUGUUCCCUGGAUCAGCCUUCUGGUUGAGGAAUCCGGGAUCCAGCUGCUGGACAGUGCCGAUGGAUUCGGGGUGACUCCGUUGCAAUACGCAGCAUUGGGUGGUCAUGCAGAUGCUGUCCAGUUCAUCAUCAACAGCGCAGAUUUGACUGUGCAGUAUGGGCGGGCUAUUUGGUUUUCCAUCAUCAUAGGAUCUGCAAGUGUUACUCGGUUGUUGUUACAGAAUGGUGCCAAUGUUGACAUUCAGGAUGAAGUCAACCGGGAGUUGAUAGACCUGGCAUGCACUGGUGACGAUGAAUGCGAAGAUGAUGACGAGAUCAGCUUGGAGGCAAAGCCAAGACGCAUAUCCUUACUUAUCAGAGCCAUUGAGGGUUGUCAUGCAGAGGUUGUAGAGGUCCUUCUGUGGGCAAAUGCCAGUUUGAGGCCAAACGGUCAAUCCGCUCUUUGCCAUGCAGCGGCCUUUGGUGAUGAACAAACUCUCCAAGUGUUGGCCAACCAGGGAGCCAAUAUCGAUGACAAGGACGAGCAAGGAAAAUCCGCCCUCUAUCACGCUUUGGUUCGGGGUGAUUCUGGAAUUCAGCGCAUUCUGGUUGAAUGGCGCGCAAGGACAUGCGGGGUUAACCUUUGCAAGAUGCAAAUGUCAGAGCCUGACAUUUACCAAGCACUUUCGAGUGAUCCAAAUAUUCACAUGAAAGAUAAAGACGGGAGAACUGCUCUACAUUCGGCCGUUUUUGUACCAAGCCAGGGGAACGUGAAACGCUUGCUUUGGCUUGGUCUCGACCCGAAUGAAAGGGAUCACGAUGGAAACACCCCGCUCCAUGCAGCGAUGGGCUUCUGUCUGAAGGAUCUAGUGCCGAUGAGAUGUCUGCUCUGGGACAAGAUGUUUGAUCAAAGGGUGUUUGAAGAGGUGUCGAGGCUUGCGCAGUCGAGCUGCCACAGCACACGAGAGCAACAACGCCAGGAAGCUGAGAGAUUGACCUCCUUCCCAGAGAUAGGAGUCAAGUUCGACGCUAUACGUUUGUUGGUCAUAUAUGGGGCUUCAAUUGAAGCGACUAAUGAUUCCGGAGAAAGCCCAUGGAGUGUUUUAUAA